UUACAGAGACAAUGAAGAACAGAAGCUUAGCCGGCAAUUGUGGCAUUGCCGUUUUUGUCAUCGCCCUUGUGACUGUGGCAUUGGCAUUCGGUACGCCCAACUGGCUCGUUAGCGACGAGAGAAUACGCGGGGCUAAAAUGGAGCGGUUAGGACUCUGGAGCCAUUGCUUUCGAUCGUUACCUGACCCACUGGAUCAGUAUCAACGAAGGUUCUUUGUGGGUUGCCGUUGGGUAUAUGAUCCCUUCACUACGGGAUACGAUAGAAUACGUGGAUACCUGCUUCCAGGAUUUAUGAUAGCAACACAGUUCUUUUUCACCAUAUGUCUUAUAGGCGUGCUUAUAUCUAUGGUAUUGGUGAUCAUUUUCUUCACAUGUUGUGGGCCAGAUCAAAAAAGAUUUGUUAUACUUAUAAAAAGUUUGGGAUAUAUUAUGCUGACUGCAGGUAUAAGUGGAAGUAUAGCUGUUAUUGUCUUUGCUUGUACAGGGAAUACUGACGGUUGGAUGCCAGAUCAUGCUAAUAACUAUUUAGGUUGGUCCUUUGGUUUGGGUGUAGUGGGAGCUGUGGCUUGCUUGAUAACAGCAGCACUUUUCCUCACAGAAUCAAAUAUUCAAGCUAAAAAGCGAAGGAGGCUGAAGGAGUCGCAAGCCCGGUUCGAAUUAGAGGAAGAAACUAAAGCGUAACAAUUAAUUGAAAAUCACAACUAAGUACCGUCCUUUUAUGGUGCCUUAAGAAUAUGUAUUUUUAAGACUAAGUAACAUCACAUUGCGUCCAUUUUUAUACAUUUUAUAUAUUAUGUAUUAUUAAUGAAAAACAAUUAUGUUUUCGAUAUUUCACAAUUAGGUUACUUAUUUUUAUUUUAAUGAUUUUUUAUUCAUUAAAAUCCACCGAUAACAUUACGUGCCUUUACCUGUUUUAUAUAUACGUUUUAUUUUUAGUGAAUUUCAUGUACAUUUUGGACAACUUAUACACUUUUAAGAGAUGUGAAAUGGAACAUAUUGUGAAUCUCAAAAUCUUACCAAUAUCAUAUAAUAGAUUUGAUUUAUAUAAAAGAUCUGAAUUAACACACCAUUUAAAAUGACGCACCAAUGAUAACUGUUAUGUUUUAAAACGUGUGUAGCUAUUUUUAAGAAAUGUUGCAAGGAUAUAAAAUGUACUUGUUAAUAUAUAAAAGACAGUGCCUGGAUAGCACAAUAUAAUAGUGUGCGCUUUAAUAUAAGUAUAGGAUUCUUAUAUCUGUAAUUCCGUCCUAAAGCAAUUUUGGUUGUUUUUUAUGUAUUCUAAGAAAAUGUGUUCUAAUUUUAAGCUUUAUUUGAUAUGUGCCGUCCAUUUUAAUAAAUGUUUAAUAAUUUAAGAA